UUCCCGACGUGUCAGAUCUCAGUAUGUCACUCGAGCCGUAUACAUAUGAAGCGAGUAAACUCGCACCAAUCGUUCGAGCUCGCUAGGAAAUACAUCACGAGUUUUUAAAGCGUAAAAAAAUAUGUAUAGGAAUAUAUAAACGUCCUUAAUAUUAUUACGCGCGAUAACCGUAAUGGGAGAUCACGGUAUACGAGACACACGAGUCAGAGUAGUGUGUAUCAGUUUUUUUUUUUGCUUCACGCGCACAACAGAGAUGACCCCUGCGUCCGACGCCAGCGGUCGACUCGCUUACUAUAUUACUAUUACUUAUACACAGCGUCGUCGCGAGAAUGUGCGACAGAUAAGGGACUUGUGCACUGCGGUGGCCGACGACGGCGGCGGCGGCUCUGAUCCAGCAGUAAUACGGAGUCGUUCGCAGUUCGCGCAGUUUCAGUCUUAGUUCGGCAGCUAGCACGUCGUCUCUGCCGUAUAAACAAAGAGAAAUCGAUCUCGCGCGUGGUGCAGAAGCCAGCUGUGAUUCUCUUUAUCAUUUAUUACGGUGAAAGAAGUGUCUGUGCGUGUGUCGUGUCUGUGUUGUGUAUAAUCGUGCGUGCUCGAGCGUGUGUGUGUGCGUGUAGAAAAAAAUAGAUGCUAGCGUGGUACUCCAAACUGAUGCAUCACAUAAGCCGCAUCGCCGUGGACGAGCUCAAGAGCUUGCCCGAUACCGUGAACUGGGACUCGCCGGAGGAGCGUCACGAGUUUCUCCGCCGACUCUAUCCCCUCGUGAGAAACUGGAAGGUCCACCUGCCGAAUCUACGCGAGGUCUUCAGUCCCGAGCAGAUCGAUCGUCUGCUGCUGGACGCCGUCGACUACUGGGCCGGGCGAGACGACGUUCACCGGGGCGUGCGAUUCAUCAAGUUCGUGGCCAGGACCGGCUACAGGGACAAGCCCGUGGAUGUGGACGAGGCCACGGGCAAGCCCGGGUCGUGUCGCUCGACGGCGCUGCUGCGAGCGGUCAGAUGUGGCUGGCACUACGAGUGGGACAGCCUGGUGCGCGACCUCUUCAAGAUCUACAACAGAUUCGACGUCAAUUACUCGGACGAGUCGGGCUUGACGCAUUUUCAUGUGGCCUGCAAGUUCGGCUGCUACAACGUCGUCGAGAAAUACCUGAAUCUCGGCCAGGAUCCCGAUCUCGCGGUGCCCGAGACGGGCGACUCGCCGCUGCAUCUGGCCGUGGCCCGAGGACACAAGCAGGUCGCCGAUCUGCUGCUCAAGGCCGGCGCCCGGCCGAGCCCGACCAACGACCGGGGACUGACUCCGCUGCACCUCAUCUGCCGGAAGAUGUACGACGACGACUUGAUGGAGGUGUUUCUCAAGCUCAAGGCGGACGAGCGACUGGACGUGAAUAUCCAGGACAAGUCGGGCCGCACACCUCUGCAGUGGGCCGUGGUGAAUCUGCUGCCGGAUCUGGUCACGGCGCUGCUGGAUCUCGGCGCCGACCUGGCCAGCUUCGUGUUCCCCGCGCCGGCACACUUCGACGAGAGACACGGGCCGGACAGCACGGACUGCUGGGCCGAUUGGAGACUGCGCGUGGCCUCGGACGCGAUAGAGGUCGUCGAGCGCCUCGAGACGCGCGGCUACGGACUCGACCGGAGCGACGCCCUGUCGAUCAUGAAGGUGUUCGCUAGCCACGAGCUCUUCGACAGCCGGGAGAACGUCGAGUUCUGGCGCAGAGACGAGGAGACCGCCAGAUUGUCGGAAAGGAUAGUGGUGCGUCCGGACUUGGGUCUCUACUCGCUGAUACGGCUGCAACCGGAGAAGGCCAGGAAGCUGAUGGCGUACAGCGACUACUUCGCGCUGGCGCGAUCCAGAACGCUGUGGAAGCUGCCCGAGGCGCUGAGGCGCUCGUGCGUCGCCAACCUCUGCGAGAAGCUCUCGAGGCGAUUCUUCCAGCGUUGGGCGCUCGAGUCGUUCCUGGAGCUGACGCAACAUCGACUGCCGAUACUCUGCUGCGACAUGAUCAUCGACAACCUCGUGAACGCCGAUCUGUUCGGCGUAUGCGCCGCGGCGGAGACCAUCGCUACAGAGCAGCAGCAGAAGCAGAGCCGGAGCAGCACAUGGUACAGUUCGGUUUAUCAAGGCAAGGAGGUCCAGGAAUUGCAAUGUACACGACUGAAUGAAUAAUUAUUUUAGAAUAUAUUAUUACAAUGACAUUAAUUAAAUGUGAGUCCAACUCGCAAACCAUGUAUUCGAUAUCAAGAGUUUAUUAUCAUUUAAAAAUAAAAAAAAAUCAACACAGUCAAGCCUUUACACACA